UUUAUUUCUUAUUGUCAUUUCCCUCUUUCACCAUCUUCUUUCUGCAAAAUUUCUCCUCUCAACUAUACUUAGUAAAAGAAGAAAAGAAGAAGAAAGAAGCUAAGCCCAUUAAUAUAAUUCAUGCAAAUGAAUAAUAAAUAAGGGCAAUUCUAUCUGGCCUGCUUCUCCUCUGCAUCGCUGUUGCAUUGUUUGUGUACUGUACUAUUUGCUCUGUCAUCUGCUCAAUUUUCUGGUAUCUGAAACACCCAUCAAAAGAAAAUAAGAAAACUCUUCGUUUGUCUUUUUUUCCCCCAUGGCGUUUUGAGCACCUCUUAUCAACUCGAGGCUCAACUCACCUGCUUCAAGUUCCCCGAGUCUACUCGUUGACCAUUAAGACUUGGAGAAGAGAAUCUGAUAAAAGAGGGUUUCUCCUUUUUCUUCUUCGUUUGAAUUUUUGGUUGCUUUCACCGAUGAAUCGGCGAUUCCUAUUUCUACUAUCAUCGUUGUCCUUCGCCGUAUUAUUCCUUUUCCUCGUCGCCCUUUUCUCAGGUCAAGGUAAAAACAUCAAUGGCUCAUUUGGUUUGAAGCUAUUGAGGCUAAGGAUCAACCAAGGGAACCACACCCUUUUAACGCCACAUCGCAAGCUUCUUCGAACAGCACUGGCGGAAACCAACCGGAUAUGGGGAGAGAAGUGUAGUAAAGCUGACAUAGUGAUAAACCAGGGACCCACCGCCCCACUGCCAAGCGGCAUUCCCACCUACACAGUGGAAAUCCUGAACGUAUGUGUGAGUGGGUGUGACAUCUCAGGGAUCCACUUAACCUGCGGCUGGUUCAGCUCCGCUCGUCUCAUUAACCCCAAAAUAUUCAAGCGCCUUCGUUACAAUGACUGCCUCGUGAACGACGGCAAGCCAUUGAUCAACGGUGGCACUCUCUCCUUUCAAUACGCUAAUACCUUCCUUUACCCACUUUCCGUCUCUCGUGUGGUGUGUUCUUAGUAAUAUACCCAUAAACACUUGGUUAGUUUUCCAUGCAUAUAUCAUCAUGAAUGGAUCCUAUUGGGUUUUUGCUGA